AUGGCACCUACCAAACGUUUCUCUGGAAAGUCUGUUAUCAUUACUGGCUCUUCUAAUGGAAUCGGAAGAGCCACUGCCGUUUUAUUUGCCAAACAAGGGGCUCAGGUUACUAUUACUGGAAGAGAUGAGGAGAGAUUGGAAGCUGCCAAGAAGCAAAUUCUGAAGUUAACUAGCAAGCCGAAUGAUUUGAAUGUGGUGGUGGCAAAUUUGACGGAUUCCAAAGGGCUCGAUGACAUUGUGAAUUCCACUUUGACCAAGUUUGGAAAGAUUGAUAUUUUGAUAAACAACGCAGGAGCAAACAUCUCCGAUGGUACUUUAAACACGGAUCAAUCGAUUGAAUUGUACCAGAAAACGUUUCAAAUCAACUUCCAAGCGGUGGUGGAGAUGAUAAAGAAAACAAAAGAGCAUUUGAUAAAAACCAAGGGAGAAAUUGUAAACGUUUCGAGUAUAGCCGGAAAUGAGCAAGCGUUUUCCGCCACUCCAUACUACUGCGCAGCCAAAUCCGCAUUAAACCAAUACACUAGAUGUAUCGCGUUGGAUCUGAUUCAAUAUGGGGUUAGAGUCAAUUCAGUGAGUCCUGGAGUAGUGGUAACUGGAUUUCUAGGAGCAAUGGGGCUGCCAGAUGAGUUUAGAGACAAGGUGACAACAUCUGAUGAUUCCCUUGAGCCGUUAAAUUUCCAGAUGGCCAAUUUUAUGGCAUCCAACAAAGCUUGCAUCCCAGCAGGAUUCUGCGCGAAGCCGAAUGAUAUAGCCGAGAUUAUUCUUUUUUUGUCGGAUCGAAAAAAGUCGCAAUACAUCGUGGGGCAAUCGAUUGUGGCCGAUGGAGGAACAAGUCUGGUUACCGGAAUGACAGCGUUUGAUAUGCAUGAAAUGAUAUAG